AUGCUGCUCGGCUGGGUAAAUGCCCUCAUGUCCUGCGUCCAGCCCCUGUGGAAGGUAACCGUUUUCAUCAGCAAUGGCAUUGUGGUGGCCCAGAUCGUCUUUGUCAUCUCAGCGGUCCUGACCUUGAUCCCCGGGUUCUGGACAGCGCACACCAUCAUCCGGAACUUGUACACUGCUCUAGUGUCUGAGGCCCAAAAGCGGAAGCUGGGGGCCUCCAUCUACCUGGACUAG